GAGGUGCACGUCGAGGGCGCGCGCAUGGAGGCCGCUUACCGGGCCCUCCUCAGCCCCCGCGCGAGCAAGCCGCCGCGCGUGUCGCAGCACGAGUACGACAUCGUCGUGUGCCACGGCAACGUGAUCCGCUACAUGGCGCUGCGCGCGCUGCAGCUGCCGCCCGAGGCGUGGCUGCGGCUCUGCACCUACAACUGCUCCCUCACGCACCUCAAGAUCCGCCCGACGGGUUCCGUCUCGAUGAUCUCCCUCGGCGACACGGGCCACCUCUCGCUCGACGAGACCAGCUUCAGCAUGCACGCAGGGUACGAGUGGUGA